AUGGGCAGGCGGUUCAAGGAGACUGACACCCUGCUGCACUACGUCGACGAGAGCGUCCGGUUGGCAGGAGGCUUCACGCCGAUCGACCUGUUCCCGUCGUCGCUGCUUGUUCGCGUGUUGACCUUGCGCCGAGCGGUGCGCAGGGUGGAAGACUUCCGCGAGUCCUUGGUCGCCUUCAUGAAUGGAGUGGUCCGUGAGCACCUGGAGAGGAAGAAAUCAUGUGGUGGAGAAGAAGAAGCUCAUGAUCAGGAGGACUUGGUCGACGUUCUCCUCCGAAUCCAGCAGGAGGGAAACCUCAAGUUCCCUCUCACCAUGAGCAUAAUCGAAGAAGUCAUAUUUGAUCUUAUCGCAGGGGGGAUCGAGACGGCAGCAUCAACACUGCAGUGGGUGAUGGCGGAGCUGAUGAGGAACCCUGCUGCCAUGUCCAAGGCGCAACCCGAGGUCAGGGGAGUCUACACGGGACAGACGAAGGACCCGGAGACGUUCGAUCCUGAGAGGUUUGUGGGUGACGCGAGGGAUUUCAGGGGCAACGACUUCGAGUUCACACCGUUUGGAGCUGGACGACGGAUUUGGCCUGGGAUGGCGUUUGGGAUGGCUAAUUAUAUCGAGCUUGGUCUGGCGAGCUUGCUGUUCUACUUCGACUGGAGCCUGCCGGAGGGCGUCGUUCCGAGUGAGAUGGACAUGACUGAGACCAUGGGAAUCACUGCUAGAUGA